AUGGAAGAUGAUAGCCAUAAAUUUCAACCAAUAGAUAUUCAUCAAAAUAAUGUAAUUGCAAAUGAUGAUAAAGAUUCAUUGAUACAACAACCAAAACAAAAAAAAGAAUAUGCGAUCCAUGAAUAUCAAGAUAAUGGAAAUAGUUCAAAAACAAUAACAUUUAUAGAUGAUGGUAAAGAUGUAGGAGGAGGUGGUGGUGGAGGAGUUGGAGGAGAUCAAGAAAAUGAUAAAUAUCAAGUAUCUUCAAUGUAUCAUUCACACGAUAGUCUUUAUGCAAACUCGACCAGUUCAAAUGAAACUUCUUUUAAUUAUUUUUGGAGUCCUCCAGAGAGUGCCUAUUCAAUGAUUGUCAAUAGUCAUCCAAAUGAUACUCCAUCUCUCUAUUACUCUAGUACUCGUACAAUUAAUAAUAAUCCAUACCAUUCAAUCAAUCAUCAUUCUAAAAUCAAAUCUUCUGAUCAAGAACAACAACAAAAUGAAUUUGAUGAAAAUGAUUCAUUUGCAAAUAAGGAUUUUUUAAUUACUUUAAUAUUAUUUAUAACAGGAUUCUUUUUUAUAUUACCAUGGUUUUUUGGAUGGAUCUAUCGAAAUUCAAAACAUAGAUUUGCAAGGAUAUUGGCAAUUGGAUCAUGUAUAAUGACUGUCAUAUCAUCCGUUCUAUUUAUAGUUUACUUUUUCUUUUAUGAUGAUUUUAAUAAUGAAAAUAAUAAUCAUCAAGGAAAAGAUUAA